AUGCAGGAUCCUAGCGCAAAAGAAGCAGAUACGUAUUACGGGAUGAGGAGUACAGUUGCAUUUCCAGUUAAAGGCACAGAAAUUAAACGAAAAGAUGAUUUCAAGGCGCCACAAGCUAAAGCAGACAUUGAAUUGAACCUGAAAAAUGAAAAACAAGAUGUUCCGAAUCAGAAAAUACAACUAGGAAGCACUCCAGUACGAGAAAACAGUAAACCAGUAGGUUUCUUUAUGUAG